AUGUCUACCUAUAAAGCAAAACGGCCGUCUGUUCCAGCCCUUGACAACUACCUCCCCGACGAUGAGGAUUUCUUCGACCCAUUCGCUUCGCCCACCAAUUCUCCCACUCAGAGCCCCAAGUCCAAGGCCGCGGCUAAACGCAGUGAGCCAGAUGGAGGUCUGGGUAUAGACAAAGAGGUUUCGGUUGCCAAGCGUGCCCGAGUCCCGCGUGUCAAACUCGAUGAGACAAGACUCCUCUCGGACAAGGGCAUACCUGCUCUUCGCAAGCGGGCAGGAACCCUCAAACUCAAGGGCAAGGGGCACGAGUUCUCAGACGCGGCGCGGCUCUUAUCUUUCUACCAACUCUGGCUCGACGACCUCUUCCCCAAGGCCAAAUUCCUCGAUGCCUUGGCCAUGGUAGAAAAGGCUGGCCACAAGACCACCAUGCACAAAGCCCGCACAGAUUGGAUAAACGACUUGAAACCCAACAUGACGGCUCCCGACAAUGAUGACCAGGGCGACAUUGGUGGCGCUCCAGCUGCGCAACCACAAUCAUCUAGGAUAGCGCCGAUUUUCGAGAAGCCGCAAACGACCGAAGCAUCUAUUGUGCCGGAAGGGGGUAGUAAUGGCGUGGAUGACUUGUUUGGCGGCGGGGACCUUGGCGAAUUGUAUGAUGACACCCCCGAGGCUAUCCGGACUGGUGGAGAGCCGGACGAUGAUGACAUCGAGGCUUUGAUGGCCGAGGCAGAAUCCUCCACAAGGCAGCCAGCGCCUGUGGCCAGGAGUAUAUUCGGCCCUGGAAGACCGACCAAGCCUGGUACAGAGGCAAAACGAGCAAACGAUUCACCAAAUGAUGAAGAGCUAGAUGCGCUCAUGGCGGAGGCGGAAAUGCAUACAGCGUCCCACGGUUCAUCUGGGGCUGGAAAACAACAGGGCCAGACUAAUCCUGAGAACGAGGAUGACGACCUGGAAGCGUUGAUACAGGAGGCCGAAGGUGUACUGAAACAGAAACCAGCACCAUCCAAAAAGACGCAGGACAAAACUAGUAGUUUUGACGAUGACGAGGCAGCCAUGGCUGAGCUCGACCUAUGGUGA